CAGAAGACUGAAAAGUGAUCUCCCCCAAAGUCACCGUAUUAUUGGCAAAUCUAGACAAGAACACCGGCUUGUAACUUCGAAGACCAAGGAUUUUUAUAUUACUCUUGUAGGAAAGAGACCCAAAGAUCUUUACAAGCUAUCUUGCUGGGAAAUGCCCAAGGUCAAAAGAAGCCGGAAAGCACCUCCAGAUGGCUGGGAGUUGAUUGAGCCAACAUUGGAUGAACUAGAUCAGAAGAUGAGAGAAGCUGAAACUGAACCCCAUGAGGGAAAGAGGAAAGCGGAGUCUCUCUGGCCCAUCUUCAGGAUCCAUCACCAGAAAACCCGCUACAUCUUCGACCUCUUUUACAAGAGGAAAGCCAUAAGCAGAGAACUCUAUGAAUACUGCAUUAAAGAAGGCUAUGCAGACAAAAACCUGAUUGCAAAGUGGAAGAAGCAGGGCUACGAGAAUCUGUGCUGCCUGCGCUGCAUUCAGACUCGAGACACCAACUUUGGCACAAACUGCAUUUGCCGGGUUCCCAAAAGCAAGCUGGAAGUGGGUCGCAUCAUCGAGUGCACACACUGUGGCUGCCGCGGUUGCUCUGGCUGAUACUCUUGAUUCCUCUGCAUCCUGGACUUUGAACCUUGGGCUCAUGCUUAUUGGGCUACUGCCUCCUGAAGCAACUCUUCUCAGGGUGGUGCUCAGAGAAAAGACCCAGGGGAAGCAUGAGCUCUAUAGGUGACAGCUAUAGUGUUCACCAGCUGAAAUCUGUAAAAAUAAAACCUUUAUACCUCC